CCGAGAGAGAUCACACGUACUUGCGCGAGCCGCGCUCUUGAAGAGCCAGCAGCGCGGCGUCGAGAACUCGGACGAUUGUUGCGUGAUACUCGAAUUUAAUUGACGUUUCUAACCUCACUUUGCGAUAACUCGCUCGCGCUCUCUCUCUUUUUCCCUCUCUCUUUCCCUCUCUCUCUCUCUCUUUCUCACUCGCUCGCUCGCUCGACUCUCUGUCUUUCUCUCUCUUUCUCUACUCCACUCUUCCUCCUGUCUUGGGCACGGAGAGAUGUCAGUUUAACGUCGACAGGAAAAAAAUUCAGUUGCAUUGCUCUCGCGGCUGCUGCUCGCCUCUAAAUACCGCUUAACCCAAUAACUCGAUAACGUGCGUCUCCGUUGCGUGUGAAGGAAGGGAUGCCACGAGGAAAGCGUAGAGUACUCUCUAAUACAAAUCACAACCACACUUCCGUUGAAAUGUCACCUAGUGCCCAUGAAGAAGGUCUACCAAGACAUCCUUCAAAACGGUUAAGGCAACAUACCUCCAGUGCCCGACGUUACACAAAAAAUGAGGAUGUAUCUAGUGCAUCGACAUUUUCACAGAAGCGUUGUAGUACUUGGUUUCGGGAGUACACUUUGCCGGACGAGCCGGACACCCUCGGGCCCGAAGGAAUGGAAAAAUUUUGCGAAGACAUCGGGGUGGAACCUGAGAAUGUAGUAAUGCUCGUUCUCGCAUACAAAAUGAACGCGCGUCAAAUGGGCUUCUUUACACUGAGCGAAUGGCUGAAAGGUUUCUCGGAACUUCAGUGCGACUCUAUUAGUAAAGUACAACAAAAGCUCGAGUACCUAAGGAAUCAAUUGAACGACCCACACACGUUUAAGGGAAUCUACAGAUAUGCUUACGAUUUUGCUAGAGAUAAAGAUCAACGAAGUAUGGACAUGGAAACCGCGAGGGUAAUGCUACAGCUGCUUUUGGGUAAACAUUGGCCACUGUUCACGCAAUUUGCUCAGUUCCUAGAUCAAUCCAAGUACAAAGUGAUCAAUAAGGAUCAAUGGUGCAACAUAUUAGAAUUUUCACGUACAAUCAAUCAUGAUUUGUCCAAUUAUGAUUUGGACGGAGCGUGGCCAGUAAUGCUCGACGAAUUCGUCGAAUGGUUAAAACUCCAACGGGGUGAGGAUGCGCUAUCGACAGAGGCAAGAGGCAGCUGAAACAUCUCACGAGAAUAGUCCAUUGAACUAAGAACAAUUCAUCUCUCUUUUUGUCAUAAUACUUUGUUAAUAAUGAAAUUUCCGUUUACGGAUCGUGCCCUCGCGACAUUUUCAUUUGGUCAUACGUCAUAUUCGUACUAUCCUUCCUUCCCUUUUUUUUUUUUUAAUUAAACGAUAAUGUAUUAUAAGUAGCUUAUCUCUUAAUAUGAUUUGCGGUAUCUUUUUACACACGACUCGAUUGAGUAUCGCGUAUUCAAACCGUUCUUCGGUUAUUCUCAUCACCACUUACAGUUGAUCCGGGGUUUGUCGCAGAAACUCUUGUGAUUAAGAAUAAAACUAUUUUGAUAUAUGAAAUUUACUUGUGCAAUUUUUGUAAAGAUAAUUUCGGGAUAACGAAUCCAAGUGAAGUGAGCAAACAAGCAAGAAAUCGUGUAACGUUUUUCAAAUUGAGUAUAAUGCUUAAGAGAACGAUUGCCAUCAGCUUCCAGUGAUUGUAGGAUGCACACACUUUAUGUCAUUGCGAGUAUGUUUAACAUAUUAUUUAAAUAAACCGAUAAAAGAACA